CGAAACUUUCAACGCACCUAUGGUUGUGGCGAUGGAACACAUGCCCGACUCUGCAGUUUCUACGCUCCAAGCGCGAGUUGACAACAGCAUGGGAGCAGCGUUCGUCAGCCUCGACAACAAGUACAGCGGCACCUUUGAUGUCAGCACGACCUUCGCGGAUGCGGAUGUCUACAGCUCAACAGUUGACGAUCUCAAAGGUCUUGUGCAGCUCGACUUGGGUGUGUACAGGCCGACAUCAUCAGCGGCAACUGUCGGGACUACAGUUGAGCGGACUGUAGAGCUGGACACGGUCAAAACGUCAAGAAUGACGGGUUGGGUGGGCACGGGUGAGCGACCACCGCCUCCUACGAGUCGGUUUAAUUCGCAGGGCCGCAUAGAGGUGAUGUCGACGCUCAGUCCGGUCGCCCUACUUCUUGAGUCAUAGCCAUCUGACACAUACUCCAUGGUGUGAGCGAUACUAUGCUCGUGUCUUGGAUGGUGUGUGUCCUGAGUGAUAUCAGGUGGGCGUGGUCUUGUCGUAGGACGGAGUGUCUGGCAUGUAAAUCAGUGUAUUCCUAGUCAGAGGUGGAGGGCAUGGACGGGCUUCCUCUGCGCAUCUUACGAUAUCUCGUUGCUAUGGGCAUGCACCUUGCAUACAUACUACGUUUCGCUUUCUUAUGGCUUAGUUCAACAGACUCAUUUCUCGUGCCUGCUCAUCAUAAUAUUGUUAUUAGUACAUUC